UAACCUGCUAAUUUGGCUAUCUGACUUCAACAGUUCAACUCCACUAUUUGUCGUUUAAACAGUUUGCGUACGCUCUACAAAAUGGAUAUUGAUUUCAAGGGAAAGACUGCAUUAGUAACUGGCGCUGGCAAAGGAAUUGGUCGUGCUACUGUAAAGCUUCUAUCAAAGUGUGGGGCGAAUAUUGUGGCUUUGUCGCGAACUAAAAGUGAUUUGGAUUCUUUAAAGGACGAGGUAUCCACGAAAUUUGUUCCAGUCGUUGCAGACUUGAUGAAGUUGGACGAUGCAAUCAAGGCCAUUGAGGCAACAGGAGAACCUAUUGAUUUAUUGGUAAAUAAUGCUGCUAUGGUGAUAUUAAAAGAAACGCUUGAUGUAACGGAUGAUGAUAUAGACAGGUCCGUUACUAUAAAUAUGAAAGCUCCUCUUCGUUUGUCUCAGUUUGUCGCUCGUGAUUUGAUCAAGAGAAAAAAACCAGGGGCUAUUGUCAAUAUUUCAACAACUAUUACACAAUUUGCCUCGGCGGGUUAUAUGCCAUACACGAUGUCGAAGGCCGCUCUUGAUAAUGCAACAAUAGCAAUGGCGGCUGAACUGGCGAAGCACAAGAUUCGUGUAAACUCUGUGUUACCUGGCUUAGUGGACACUCCAUUUGCAACCACCAUUCCACGUGAAGUGAUAGAAAAUUUCCUCGUCAAUAUUCCUCGUGGUGAACGAGCUAGUUCAGAAGAUAUUGCUGACACCAUCGUGUACCUUUUGAGUGACAGAGCAAGUAAUAUAGUGGGCUCAAAAAUAGUCUCUGAUGGUGGAAUGUUUAUCAAAUGAACCAGAGAAAAGGUUACUUUUUGUGUACUUUCGGUGUGCUUUCCUUCUUAAAUGUGGAUAAAUAUGUCCCUGCGUGCUUAUCAAUAAAAUAUGAUCAAUAUGUCAUGCA